CCCACGCGCCGCCCUGGCGCGUGUCCACACCGCUCCUUAUACUUAUUUUGACAACCGAAUCAAGCGAAAAAAACCUUCACACUGAAAGACACACGCACACAGUAAUAUAUAUGUCAACACAGUUGCUGAAGAAGAAUUUUUUCCCCUUUCUUCUCUCUUCACCCUCCCUCUCUAUCUCUCUAACUCUUAACCCUAGUGCUGCUGCUGCUGCUGCUGUUAGAAGUGGGAUUAAUCUCCAUCAAGUCGUUUCACUUAUUAGAUCCAGCCGAAAUUAUGCAGCCGCCGAGAUCCAUAUGUAGGGUUUGAUUGCCCGCUGAAUUUGGCGUGCUGAGUUGGGAAUUUCAAUCUAGAAAUCAGAGGGGUUUUGUUGAUGGAGCCGCGAGUUGGAAACAAGUAUCGACUGGGUCGGAAGAUUGGCAGUGGAUCCUUUGGAGAGAUCUAUCUUGGGACAAAUAUUCAGACUAAUGAUGAAGUGGCAAUUAAGCUAGAAAAUGUGAAGACAAAACAUCCUCAAUUGCUCUACGAGUCAAAGUUGUACAGAAUUCUACAAGGCGGAACUGGGAUACCGAAUGUAAGAUGGUUUGGUGUGGAAGGAGACUACAAUGUUCUGGUUAUGGACUUGCUUGGACCCAGUCUGGAAGAUCUUUUCAAUUUUUGCAGUAGGAAACUUUCUCUGAAGACAGUUCUCAUGCUUGCAGAUCAAAUGAUUAAUCGUGUUGAGUUCGUCCAUUCAAAAUCAUUUUUACAUCGAGAUAUCAAGCCCGAUAAUUUCCUCAUGGGCUUGGGACGGCGUGCCAAUCAGGUAUACGUCAUUGAUUUUGGUUUGGCAAAGAAAUAUAGAGACAGUUCUACUCAUCAACAUAUUCCUUACAGGGAGAACAAAAACUUGACUGGGACUGCACGAUAUGCCAGUAUGAAUACUCACCUGGGUAUAGAACAAAGCAGGAGAGAUGAUUUGGAAUCUCUUGGAUUUGUGCUGAUGUACUUCUUGAGAGGAAGUCUUCCUUGGCAGGGACUUAAAGCAGGAACUAAGAAACAGAAAUAUGAGAAAAUAAGUGAGAAAAAGGUUUCAACCUCUAUAGAGGCCUUGUGCAGGGGUUAUCCAACUGAGUUUGCAUCAUAUUUUCAUUAUUGUCGUUCACUGCGCUUUGAAGAUAAACCAGAAUAUGCUUAUCUUAAGAGGAUAUUCCGUGACCUCUUCAUUCGUGAAGGUUUCCAAUUUGACUAUGUUUUUGAUUGGACUAUCUUGAAGUAUCAGCAGUCUCAGAUGGCUGCUCCUCCUUCACGCUCUCUUGGCCCAGGAGCUGGGACAAGCUCAGCCCUGCCCCCUGCGGUUCCCAGUGGUGAACGGCUGCCUGCAGCAGGUGAUGAAGAAGGAAGGGUAGUUGGCACUUCUUCAGGAGAUCCUUCAGGAAGAAGAUCUGGACAGAUUAUAAAUGCUAGAAUAUCUAGAGAGAAGAGUCCAGCUGCAAAUGAUUCAGGAAGCAAGGAUGCUUUGCUCUCAAGCUCCACUUUCUUCGGAAGGUCUAGCGGAACACUGAGACGCGGUACUGUUUCUGGAAGCCGCGAAACUUUUACUUUGGGAAAUGAUUCUGAUCCCACUCGCUCUCGGACUCCCGAGGCUAGUCCAGCUACUGCAAACAAAACAUCAAGUGGGCAAAGAAGCUUUCCGCUUGGUGGAUCCUCGAAUGCAAAGCAUACCUCUUCUGGGGUGAAUAAUUCUAGCAUUAAGAACUAUGACUCUACAAUAAAGGGUAUUGAGAGUUUGCAUUUCGAUGAUGAAGAGAGGUUUCACUGAAAGAACGGUAAGCACAUGCCUGUAAAUCAUCAAAUUUGUGUGAUUUGACCUGAGCAAAUUUUUAACUUUGUUGGUAACUCAACUCACUGUCACUGGUGGAGAUAUGAAUUCAAACUCGAGAAAUGAGUUGUUGGUGACAAGGAUAGAUAAAACUCAAGUGGGUUGUAGGGGUGCGUCUGGUUCGAGUUGGGAGUUGUGGUGUGGGUCUAUUUUUUCCAUGUGCCCUUCUCUUCUUCAGGUCUGCCUGGUCUUGAGUGUAAAAUUGGCCAGUGGUCUUUACAAAGUUAUUACCAAUUUCAUAUACUGCACUUUUUAUUGUAACCCUUUCUAACAAUAUCUUGGCACAACUUGCUUUUACUGCUUACUCAUCUCUGUAUCAUGCUUGUUGUUGAUAUAUUUAAUAAUUGCAACUUAGAUUGCUGUUUGCAUCUA